GGCAAGAAUGCAAUAAACAGUCUAUUGAUCCCAUCAAGCAACAUAGUGAAUAUUGCUCAUUGCUUCGUACAUUGUUUAAUUGAGUUCAUAUUUCUAUUUAGAAACUCUAGCAAUGAAGGGACUGAUAUUAAAUUGUUUGGGAAGAAAAGAAGAGGCAUUUGAAUUUGUUAAAAAGGGUUUAAGAAAUGAUUUAACUAGUCAUGUCUGUAUCCUUUAUCUCAAGUGUCGGUCAGGCGAUGAUGAGAGUUGAGAAGCAAGAGUUUGCAUGGGAAUUUUCUCAACUGUCGUGCCCCGGUCAAACAUGUUUUGUGAGAGUUUGAUUGGAUAUUACUGGUAAAACAACCAAAACCUCUAGUCAAUUAAGUCUCAUCAAUUAACUCUCAUCAGUGAGAGUCGGCCAAACAUCAACUCUAAUCUUUGUUUGACCAUUCAUGGCCGCAUUUUGAGAGAGUUGUGCACCUCUCCUGAGAGUGUUUUGCACCUCCAGUGUAGCCAUUGAUCUCUGUGUCAAAUAAUGUAAUGAAAGAGAGAAAAAUAACGAGUUGUACAGUCAUGAGUCAUAAUUCAUAAAUACACUGAUACAUAUGUGCAGUACAUGCAUAUGUCAUGUAGUUGACUUAGGGGGGUAGAUUCUGAGCACUAACAUACCAUGGGGGCUGUGAGCUGGACUGAUCACCUUCCCUAAAUUUUUUUUCUACCUUCCCUAAAUUUUUUUUCUACCUUCCUCGCCAUUUCCACCAAAAUCCAUAAUUUAAGCUACUGUAGUUGUGAGAAUUUGUUAGGGCAUUCUUUGUCAGAAAAUCAUACAGGCGGAGGAGCAUGCAGGAAAAUAUGGGUCACCCAGGUUGUAUAUAUUUUCAUUACAAUCAUAAGAUUGCUGGUAUAUACUAUAAAGACAACAAGAACGUAAGUUCCUAAUUUUGUCCCACCAAACGUUUACAUUAUCUAGAACAACAAUUUAUACACAAGAAUACAUGAAAAUAACAAUAUAGGACUGAUAUAUAACUAAUGGCAUGUAUAUUUAUGAACAACACUUUGUUUGCAAUGUAUGACACUUACUACACAAAGUUCUACAUCGAAACUUCCACUAAUUUGUGUAGAAGAAAUAUAGUUUAGUGUUAAGGAUAUUAAAACUUACAGUACAAUAAUAUGAUAUCUUAAUUAAAAUUGCACUUUUCUUGGAAGAUUCAAUCCCUGACUCCAUAUGGAGGAAAUUUUUGUCAUCCAGGGGAUGCAGAAGUCUAUCCUUCUGAUAAUAGUAAAAUGUACUAGGAUGUCCAAAGGUGGUAGGGGAGUUUUCUUCCAAUUUCCUCUGGGGAGAUGUGGAUGUUUCCGGUAUGAUCCAUUUCUUUUAAAUUUUCAUCAAAUAUUUUAAGGAAAUUAAUUAAUUUGCAAAUCCUGAUAAUUGCCAAUUAUGCAGAAUAUUUUCAAGUUUCAAAUAAUCCAUUAAUGAUUUGAUAAUAUCAUGCAUCUUCAAGUGGUCAUUACAUGGCCAAAACCCCUAUGAAAAUGACGCUGAACUCUAAAAUAUUAACAGCAAUUUUGUUUGUCCACAAUGAUUUUAUUAAAAAUACAAGGAUUUAUUGAUGAUGAUAAACAGUGUAAAAGGUAGUGGAAAGUUCUUUAACUUUAUAAAAGGUUGGCAUGUUUAUGGCUUGGUGCAAAGAGCAUACAGAAAGUAUGAAGAAGCUAUCAAGUGUUAUAGAAAUGCCUUGAAGUUUGAUAAGGUGUGUACUAGAGGCAAAUCUAUGAUGUAUAUCAUCAUAUAGGUGUUCAUUUUAAAGUUGCGUCUAAUUAAGUGUGCACCACAACCGUAUAUAAGACAAUAAUUUAAUAUAUUUAAGUAAUCCCCUUAGAAAGGUAGGUUGUGCCUCUGUGAGGAGUCCCCCCCCCCUCAGUCACGGCAAGGGGUUGAUGGGUUAGGUGCCUCUGGUUAGGAGGGGUUGCUUUAACAGGUCGAAGGUAUUUUAAUAAAGGCAGUCUUGAAUUUACUAAUGGCAUUGAGUAAGGUAUAUGUAGUUAGUACGUCAUUAGGCUCUAGGGAGUUGCCUUACUGUGGCUCCUGUUCGUCAUGGGAGGCCUCCUCACAAUUUGGUGCCCAUCGUUACAGAUUUUGCAAAAUAUGUUUUGUAUAAUUAUAUUUUAUUUUAUGUUUGUAAUGUUUUCUCAAACGUAUACAGUAUUAGCCUUCAUCAUACCAUAUACUCUGUAAACUCGAGGGUAAACAAGUUUUAUUUAUGUAUGCAUGUAAAACCUUGUUAAAUUGACAAUUUCUAAAUACAAAUUUCAGGAAAAUCUUCAGAUACUUCGAGAUUUGUCACUUCUUCAAGUUCAGAUGAGAGACCUGGAAGGAUAUAGGGUUUGUUGAUUAAAAAUACUUUCAGUUAUUUUAGCUCUUCAAUUUAACUUGAUAAUUAUAUACAUGUCAUGAAAUGAGAUGAUGAAAUGAAAUGUGUCCUAUCUUUUAUUACAUUAAUCAUUACAUGCUUACAUUAAGUAACAUGUUAAAUGAUUCAGUGGAGUCUAUACUAUCAGGGACACUCUGUAUUUCCAAACAAUGGGUGGAAAAUCCAGGUCGAAAUUUUUUCAUACAGUAAAAAUCCAUUUCACGAGAAGGUCUGAACAACAGAUUCCUGUGAAACUACCUCUACGUACUGGGGAGUGUGUGUAAAAAGAGCUAUAACUAGGAAGACAAAGAGCCUUGUACAAGUUAAAAUCUUGAAGAAUUUGCUUUAUUGUAUUUUAAAACUAUAUCCCAGUGCCUCUAAAUGACAACAAACUCGCACUCGAAAAGCUAAUAACUUCCUGGGGCCAGUUGUAUAAAAAAGUGAUUAAAGUUAACUAUGAUUAAGUGCAAACGUCAUCCAAUAAAAAGCGCGUAUUUGAGAGUUAAUCACUAUUUAACUACAAAAUAGUGAUUAAAAAAUAGGUACGCGACGCGUACAUGUAUGUGCGAAAAAACUUGAUUGACAUUUUGUAUUUUCUUGAAAGGAACUGAAUAAUGAAGAUGACAUGGCACAAUUGAAAUAUUUCAUCACUUAUUAUAAUAUAAUAGCAAAUAAGAUUUUAAAGUCAAACAUAAUACACAUCUAUAACAGGGCUGUACACAGUGCAGAGGGCAACAGAGGCAACUGUACCCCCCGCCGCUGAGAAAAUUUUACUAAUUUUAUAAUGUGAUUAUGAUUGUAACGGAUAAUUAUGUAGUCAGGAAAUAAAAAUUUCAUGCAAACAAUAUUCGAAGUGUCUAUACAGCCAGCAGCAGGCUAUUUAGUAAACUGUCACUUGUCAAUCCAUACUCAUCGAAUUUUCAAAACUUUAUUGUAAUCAUAUGAAGCAAAGGUAACGUGACUUCCGUCACUUGUUGUUUACACUUGCCAAUGUUAACUAGCUGUCGAGUAACAAACUAACAUACACAAACUAUUCGAGGAACAUGCAUAUAAACUGUAGCAAUGAGUCAUUCAUAUAUCAAAGAUCACUGAAUAGUAGAGAAUUUUUUGAAGGUCAUGAGUGAAGUAUAUAAUUCAAUUCCAAUCCUGUGCACAGUUAAUGAUAUAACCACACUGACAACUGUUCGAUUUAACACAGCAUAUCCACCCAAAAACCAUUUGUGUUUUGGGCGAAUAUCGGUGUGAGUAGAAGGUAUAUAUCACAAGUUUAGUUUGUACAUUGUGUGCCAUUGAUCUGAUCCAUCCAUAUAAAUAUAUAUAAUUAUUGUAGCUGUUAAGUUAUUUUCCAUACCAAUGAAUUUAGGUAAGAUUGUCUUGCAAGUGGCCGUUGUUCUGACAAAAUUAUCCAGCCAAUAUCCAGUACAUUUAUUUAUCAUUCUUGUAUCAAUCUGAGACAAUGUCUGUUAAAACAAAAACAUUUAUGUUAGAAAGCAAAAUAAUGACAGCUUAGUUGGACUGUUGUUUUGAACACAGAGUUACAGAAAUACAGGAGUCCUGUGACAUUGUUCAUUGGCAAAUAUAUUGCCUGCUAAUUUGCUAUCAGUGCUAUGUUUUGACUGUUUAAUUAAAAUACGCAAUACGUGUGCCUAAACCACAACACUACGGAGGAUUCGCUUGAAAUUCAAUUAAAUUUACGCGGUUUUAUAUUUAACGAGUUUAGUGAUUAUGGAAAUAGAAAUGUCGGACGAAUAUCCAUGACGAUUAAAAUAUAUGAUACACAACACAAUGAUUGUUAUGUAAAAUAUAUGAUACACAACACAAUGAUACACAACACAAACGAUGCCCGUUCGCAGGUUAGAUGCGGGCACGAUAUAAACAAUUGAUGUAAGCUAAUCGCUGAUUGGUUUAAAUUGGCUCAAUUAUAUAAGCUCGUCGCUGAAUGGCUAUGUGCUAACAUACGGUAACUGUACGGUCACGUUUGCGAUAGCAAUAUAUCUGCUUCGCAGAUACAAAAAGUGAUUAAGAGUUUUAUACAACCGGCCCCUGUAGUUUUCUGCUUUCUCGUGCGGUAAUUUUCUUGUUGACAGCAGUUUAAUACAUAUAAUACAAUUUAUUUAUCGUGAACAAGUACACUAAUUAGCUUCACAUAUUAUUUAUUAUAAGUUGUGGUUUGUGAAAACUCGACGUAUAUAUUUAUUAAUGCAAAGCUUUCGAUCAGUAAAGUUAAGUAAAGGUGAAUAGUGUGAAUAUAUCAUAACAAAACAAGUAUGACAAAAAAAACACGAAAAUAUUUUUUAAACAAUUUGUACUGUAUUACAACUCCUGAACUCCCAUCGUUUAGUAAGUAAUGUUUGUAACGUAAAUUUGUUGUUUGCGGUAAAAAUAACGUAAAUUUAUUGUUACCUGUGGUGUUUCCACAAACCAAAACUGAUAUUAUUUGCCAUACACAACUACAAGAAACUUGUUACAAAGAACUUAUUGUAUGACAAGUCUAAUAUUGAAUGUUGCAUUCAUUUUUUUUCUGAAAGGAAACGAGGUAUCAGUUGCUAAAAUUAAGAGCUGGACAACGACAAUCGUGGAUUGGUUACGCCAUUUCUCAUCAUCUGAUCAAAGAUUAUAACAUGGCGUAUAAAAUACUUGAAGAAUUUUCUAAGAGUCAAUCGGUUAGUGAAACACAGUAAUAGUGUUCAAUAUAUGAUUC